UGGGACGCCCACUCAAGAAAGGCGAAAGAGGUGAAGCUACACAGUACCUCACCAGGUCAAUGGCCAUCAGAAGGUUACAACUAUCCCUUCAGGAGUUCAGGUAAGUACCUUCGAAAGAUUUUAAGCUAAGUUUACUCUAGACAGCUCUGUAUUCUGAAAGGAAUUUACCCAAGAGAGCCAAGAAAGAAGUUCAAGGGAACUAAUAAAACUUACUACCAUAUUAAGGACAUUAAGUUCCUUGAGCAGGACAAGAUUAUGAAGACGAUGAGAGAUAUUAAGAUUUAUGAGAGAAAGCACAAGAGGUUAAUUAGCAGAGGGGAUAAGGACCAAGCUGAAAUGUUGGAAGCAAGAAAGCCAAGAAUGCAUUUCCAACAUAUUAUUAAAGAGAGAUACCCCUCUUUUGUCGAUUGUUUGAAGGAUUUGGAUGAUGCCCUCUGCUUAAUCUUCUUGUACGCCAAAUUCCCAACCCAUGAGUUCCUCGGAAAUGAACGUAAAACUAUAACUGCUUGUCAAAAGCUAGCUUAUGAAUGGAUGCUGUACUGAUCUGUAGCCAAGAUGUUCAAGAAAUCUUUCCUUUCGAUCAAGGGAAUCUACUACCAGGCAGAGAUAAUGGGUGCGAAUAUUACCUGGGUAAUUCCUUACCAAUUUACGCAAAAGAUGCCAUUUGACAUUGAUUACAAUGUUAUGAACACUUUCUUAGAGUUUUAUGAGCAACUUUUGAGCUUUACUCUCUACAAGCUCUACACCGAUGUUGGACUGGCUUAUCCUCCCAAGAGAAUGGACUUAAAAUCAACUGACGGCAGUAAAGUCAACCUGAAGACAGUCAAGGAAAUGCAAGCUGUCGCCCUUGAGAAACUUUAUGGAAAGGAAGCACAGGACAAGAAAGAUAUCUCUGAAGAAUUUAUGAACACUCCUGAAUACACCCAGAUGAUCCAAAGAGAAGAAGCUCAGGAAAAGAUUAGAAAUCUGUUCAAGAACAAUGUGUUCUUCCUCAACAGAGAGGUUCCAAGAUACUCUUUGGAGUUCUUGAUCCCAGCCUUUGGAGGAGACUACGGAUAUGAAGGUGAAGAGAGCUUAUACACUAUCGACUCUAAAGAGAUCACUCAUCAUGUGAUGGACAGAAAAAUUAACGAGUCCAAGAUGCAAUUUGAUGUCAAAAGAGAUUAUGUAGUCCCUCAGUGGAUCUAUGACACCAUUAACAAUCAGAUAGCUUUGCCUGUGAGCCAAUACAAGCCUGGGGCACCUCCCCCAGCUCAUUUGUCUCCAUUCGUAGAUAACAAGAUGGAAGGGUACCUUCCAAAAAGGCAGGAAGAGAUCAAUGAUCUCAAGGGCAUAACUGAAGAAGUCUACGAACCCGAGAUCGAUGAUGAAGGCGAAGGUGAAGAAGACAAGGUUGAAGAAGACCAACAAAUGAACGAUGAACAAGGCAACAAAUUCGAUGAUGAGUCCUCAGAGGAAGAUGAAGACGAAGAAGAAGCUAAAAGAGAGCUCGAGAAGAAGCAAAGAAUGAAGUCCAAGCUCAAGAAAUCUCUUGAAAAAGAGAGAACAGAGCUUGGAAAGCUCCUCAUGACCAAGAAGCAGAGAAGGCUCUAUAGAAGAAUCAACUAUAGUUUGAAGAGAAAGAAGGAAUUUGUUGAUAAACUCAAGGAAAAGAGGAGAAAUCUUGAGCAAGGAGAAUAACUUUUCACCACUCUCAAUUAUAUUCAGUGAACUC